AUGAUAAAUGAGGGAGCCGGUGGAAGGAAAGGAGGAGGACCAAGGAAGAGGGCGGUCACAAGAUCCGUCAGAUCCGGACUUCAAUUUCCAAUCGGAAGAAUCGAUCGAUUCUUGAAGCAAGGUAGAUAUGCUCAGCGUGUGGGUACAGGUGCUCCUGUUUACUUGGCCGCUGUUCUUGAAUAUCUUACUGCUGAGGUUCUUGAGUUGGCUGGAAAUGCAGCACAGGAUAACAAGAAGAAAAUUAUCAGUCCAAGGCAUUUGUUGUUGGCUGUGAGGAAUGAUGUAGAACUUGGAAAAUUGUUGGCUGGUGUUACCAUUUCUCACGGUGGUGUUCUUUUUAACAUCAACCCAGUGUUAUUGCCUAAGAGAAAUGAAAAUGCUGCCAGUACUCCCAAGUCUCCAUCAAAGGCCAAGGAAUCUCCAAAGAAGGCAGUAGAAAAGACAACUUUGUUACCAAUCAUGAAGAAAAUCAAUUCAAAGAAGAAAGAUAUAGAUUCUUUUGUGGCUAUUGAUUUUAAGCUUAUUGACUAUGAUCCUCACCCAAAGAUUGAGAUGAAGAUAGCUGUUUAA